GCAGGACGUGCUCAACUCACGUCGGGCAGGCCGGGUGGGUGAUUCCUUCCAUUUCAGACCUGGCUGUUUAUUACUCCGUGUUGCCUGGGUACGGAGUACAUAGGUACUUGUCAUUAGGCAGCUAGCACCCGAAGGCCGGUAGCUCCAGCGGUGAGGUCACCGGGGGGUGGAGCCAGCAGGCGCACGGACCCUCGCCGCAGCCUCCCCAAACCCAAACAAGCUCGCCUUGAAAGGCCACUCACUUUUUUCGACCUCCAGCUCUGCUCAAGACCAAGUCGUCCACCCCCGACCGUACACCAACCAGCCGCAUCACCACCUUCAUCCUGACAAGAUGUCCCGUGGCGGUACAACUCUCUACGUCACUGGCUUCAGCCACGGCACUCGUGCCCGCGACCUCGCCUACGAAUUCGAACGCUAUGGCAGGCUCGUCCGUUGCGACAUCCCUGCUCCUCGUAGUGCUUCGAGCAGGCUGUUUGCGUUUGUGGAGUACGAGGACCGUCGAGAUGCCGAUGAUGCCUAUCACGACAUGCACAACAAGCGGAUCGGACGUGACGACAUCCUGAAGAUUGAGUGGGCCCGCACUCCUCCUUCUGCGUCCUGGCGCUUCGAUUCUGGUCGUGACCGUGACCGCCGCCCGCCGCGUUCUCCUCGCCGCCGCACUCCCAGCCCUCGCCGCACUCGCGACUACUCUCCUCGCAAGGACGACCGUCGCGAGCGUGACCGUUAUGAUGACCGUGACCGCCGUGACACUCGCGACCGCUCGCGAUCUCCAGACCGCCGUGACCGCGACGACCGUGAACGGGACGACAGGGACGACCGCGACCGCCGUGAGAACGGUGCUAAUGGCGACGAUCGCAAGCCCCUGGACAGCCCGCCUCCUGCUCAUGACGACCUCGACACCGCGGAGUAGUAGAUCCUUCGUGUAGAGUGUAACAGUCACGGAUCACGGUUGCGGAUUGAGACGAGGUUUUCUGCUCUUCCCCUUUUCCCGCGGCACACUAACUGAACGGAAUGCUUGGUCCACUUUGACUUCCUUAAUAUGGGUGUUUUAGUUUCCGAUGCGGAUGCGGACAUCGGCGGUAUCUCUUGACGGCGUCGGAAAGUGCGCAAAAAGGCUGCGCCCGAAACUCGGUCGAUUAUUCUCUCGGAAACGGUUCAUUUCCCCACUAAGAAUGGAAAACAAACGCAGAAAUAAAUUGCGAAAAAAAGUAGUUUAGAUCAUUGUAGGACGAAUACCAUGCACGCAUUGCUCC